GUGAAAACAUCUGUUUAGGUGUGCAGGGCAACUCAAGCUGUCAGCAUAUAUCAACCAAAACACUGACACUGGGACUCGCCACAUGUUGAAUUGAACCCGUUUCUGCUCAGAAAUAUGGCAAGCAUAGAUAUGCUGAACAGCAGGUUUUUGACAUAUGACAAAAUGUACCACCAUGACUUGCGGGAACAGAGCUUUGAAGACUGGCCAUUUAAGGAUGAGUGUAACUGCACACCUGCACAGAUGGCCAAGGCCGGGUUCGUCCACUGUCCCACUGAGAACGAACCYGACGUUGCCUGUUGUUUCUUCUGUCUGAUUGAGCUGGAGGGCUGGGAGCCAGAUGAUGAUCCCUGGUCUGAGCAUGCAAAACGCUCCCCGAAGUGUGGCUUUUUGUCACUGAAGAAAGAUUUCACCGAGCUCACCGUGAGUGAAUUCUUUCUCCUGGAAAAAGAGAGACUAAAGAUCUUCAUGAGGAAGGUUUGUCAUAAGGAGCUGGCAUAUUUGCGUGAGCUUGUGGACAAAACCCUUGAAGGACUAAAGUCGCAGUUAGAUUUGCUGUGAUUCGUUGCAAUAAAUUAUUUUUUUAAAUUCAAAGGUGUGAUUUAAAGAUUAUAAUAAAGAGAUGUUCUUCUACAGAGCAAUAAAGUUUUGAGGAAAAUGUA